AUGGAAGACAUGUCAUCAGCAUUCAAUUCAACCCAACUUUUCAACGACACAAAGCUUGAACCUGCCUUCGUUCAGCUUGGCAUAAAUAUAUUUCGGAUAAUUUUCUUCACACUUAUUCUAUUACUUGGUGUUCCUGGUAACUCUCUCAUCCUCCGCGUGUACUGGACCAAGACUCUGAAGACAAGCACCCACGUUUUCAUCAUGACACUGGCCUGGGCUGAUCUUGCCGUCUGCCUUAUCAAAUUAGUCAACAUUGUGUGGCAAGGUUUACUCAUGAUGGGACACGAAAUACCCGUUGUUAUACGGCUUUUUGGAGCAUUUGAUGCGACUGCCAUUGGUACCUCCAUUAUGAUAACGGCAGUGAUUGCAGUAGAUCGCUACGACUGCGUCUGCCGUCCACAUCGGCGGUUCUUCACUCACAGACGGGGUAAGAUAGCGGCCUGGGCAUCGUUCAUGUUCUCGGUUCUUAUAAAUAGUCCAGAGUAUGUUGAAUUGUUCUCGAAUAGUCCUAUCUUGCCCAUAAUAAGAACGGCAUGUCAUGCUAUAAUCUGUGCAACUGUGCUCGUGAUGGUCGCCGUGUUCUACAGCUUAGUUUACAAAUCAAUCAGGCAACAUGUGAAAGUUGGGGCCAGUUCGUUCAGAACCCGUCGCAAUGACUGUUCGACAAUCUUCCCUCCUUAUGUUGUAGUUCAGGGAUCUAGCUCAAUCAAAGAUGGAUCACAACCAAGCACUUCUAAAGUUCGGAAGGAAGCUUUAGACUCUAUGGAAAAACCGUUCAAGAUCAAAACUUCUGCAAAAAUUCAACAAUCGGCAAAGCAAGCUUUUGCAACGGAUCUACAUACACCAACUUCAUUGGACACCGGGUCAGGGUUGGAAGCAAACAGUCAAAGAACACGCCCCGAACAGCCUACCAACGUUUGUCAACUUCAGCGUCAGACGACGAAGAUGCUCCUUUUGGCAAGUGUGAUCUUCUCCAUUACAUGGCUGCCAUAUUGGAUCUUUAUCAUUGUAAGUUUUGCCGUACAGGGUGGCCUGAACAUCGAUCCUAUACUCUUGCAAGUAGUGAAUGAAACAUUUCUCAUGUUGUACAUUAACCACGUCGUCAACCCAUUCAUCUAUGGAGUUGCAAACAGACGGUUCAGGAAAGACUGCAGAGAAGUGAUUCGAAAAUUCAAACUCUGUUAA